UGUACGCAGGGGCCGAGGCUGGCCUCGGACCCCGGCCCUCCGGAGUGUGGUGGAAGGACCGCGGAAGGACACGCGAGAGAGCCGAGGCCGGCCCCGCUCUACUCCCACGCGUCGAGAAGCUGCUCGUGGUCCCCGCCGGCCGCUCGUCUCUACUGCCUGUCCUCAGCGUCAGUGAUCAAUACAACCUUCCUCCAAAGCCUGUCGGUGCCGACUGUGUACCCCAGACGCUUGUCCCCGCUGUCACACUUAAAAAAAAUCCCUUUGACCUCUCUUUUUCUGACUUCAGCGAAAAUCCUGCUCCUGGUACCCUUAGCCCAGUUUUCAUUCAUUCAACGGUGGCCUUGCUUGCGCCUUCCGAAGACAUGUUCUCCCACACCCUCAACCCCCAGCUUUUGAUUGAUCUUGAGGUAGGGACUUUCAGGUCUGGAGGGAUGAUAAGCCACCAGGAGCCGGGUCACGGACUGGGGUCGGCGGAGGCAGCUAUCUUCGUCCUCUGGUCCUCUGUUCAGGUAUAAUUUAAAACAAAACAAAAGCAUCGUUGUGCCUUGCUUGUACUUUGGAAGCAGCCUUCUUCAGCACCGGUCAUGUGGGCUUUGGGUCAAUUUCAAGUAGUCACUUCAGUUUGCAUAUGCUAAUCCAGGGAUCCUGAGCGAAGGCUCUGAAUGACUUCAUUGCUGUAGAGCAUGAAGAGAUGUUAGAUGCUGAGUGGCAGAGCUGUGGAUCCCUGAAUCUGCAGCUGCCUUUUGUUUCCUUGGUGCAUGCAUCUCAUUGCCUCUCUGUCGGGAGGGCCUUCCCUUUUCAUAAAACCACGCUGCUUCCAUGAAAGCCUCCAAGAUCUUUUCAGCUCGCUUGCUACCUUAAGCAGGGUUGGUACAGUAGGCUCCACUAGACUUAGCUGCAGCUCAGAGUUUCUCCUCCAGCACCUGAGUAAAUGCUGAUGGUCUUGUGGACUAAGAGUGCGAGCUAAAUUCUCAAUCCCAAUUGAGAAGCGGAGGAAAUUUAAAACUGUCUCCUUCCAAGCUUACUACAACCACCACCAUCAAGACAGCAAACAAAGGACAAAGACUUUGAACUGCUGUGUUGCUCUGUGUAGUCCCGUUCACGUGUGCUUUACAGACUUGGCUGGGUUACUAAUAAGUAAAUAAGAAGUUGGACACUUCUUUCAUUCGGACAUUUUAUUCACAAGUUACCAGAAUGAGGGCUGUGCUGGAGACGGCAGACAUUGCCAUAGUGGCCCUGUAUUUUGUCCUGGUCAUGUGCAUUGGUUUUUUUGCCAUGUGGAAAUCUAAUAGAAGCACUGUGAGUGGAUACUUCCUGGCCGGGCGCUCUAUGACCUGGGUGGCAAUUGGUGCCUCUCUGUUUGUGAGCAAUAUUGGGAGUGAGCACUUCAUUGGGCUGGCAGGAUCUGGAGCAGCGAGUGGAUUUGCAGUAGGCGCAUGGGAAUUCAAUGCCUUACUGCUCUUGCAACUUCUGGGAUGGGUUUUCAUCCCUAUUUACAUCCGGUCAGGGGUAUACACUAUGCCUGAAUACUUGUCCAAGAGAUUCGGUGGCCAUAGGAUUCAGGUCUAUUUUGCAGCCUUGUCUCUCCUUCUGUAUAUCUUCACCAAGCUCUCAGUGGAUCUGUAUUCAGGUGCCCUCUUUAUCCAGGAGUCCUUGGGUUGGAACCUUUAUGUGUCUGUCAUCCUGCUCAUUGGCAUGACCGCUCUGCUGACUGUCACCGGAGGCCUUGUUGCAGUGAUCUACACAGACACCCUCCAGGCUCUGCUCAUGAUAAUCGGGGCGCUCACACUUAUGGUUAUUAGCAUGAUGAAGAUCGGAGGGUUUGAGGAAGUUAAGAGAAGGUACAUGUUGGCCUCACCCAAUGUUGCUUCCAUUUUGUUGACACACAACCUUUCUAACACAAAUUCAUGUAACGUCCACCCUAAGGAGGAUGCCCUAAAAAUGCUGCGAGAUCCAACAGAUGAAGAUGUUCCAUGGCCUGGAUUCAUUCUUGGGCAGACUCCAGCCUCGGUAUGGUACUGGUGUGCUGACCAAGUCAUUGUGCAGAGGGUUCUAGCAGCCAAAAACAUUGCUCAUGCCAAAGGCUCUACUCUAAUGGCUGGCUUCUUGAAGCUUCUACCAAUGUUUAUCAUAGUUGUCCCAGGAAUGAUUUCUAGGAUACUGUUUGUUGAUGACAUAGCUUGCAUCAACCCAGAGCACUGCAUGCAAGUGUGUGGAAGCAGAGCUGGGUGCUCCAAUAUUGCCUACCCACGCCUGGUGAUGAAGUUGGUUCCUGUGGGCCUUCGGGGCUUGAUGAUGGCAGUGAUGAUUGCGGCUCUGAUGAGCGACUUGGACUCCAUCUUUAACAGUGCCAGUACCAUAUUCACCCUCGAUGUGUACAAGCUUAUCCGCAAGAGCGCAAGCUCCCGGGAACUAAUGAUAGUGGGCAGGAUAUUUGUGGCUUUUAUGGUUGUCAUCAGCAUAGCAUGGGUGCCAAUCAUUGUGGAGAUGCAAGGAGGCCAGAUGUACCUUUAUAUCCAGGAGGUGGCAGAUUAUCUGACCCCUCCAGUGGCAGCCCUCUUCCUUCUGGCAAUUUUCUGGAAACGUUGCAACGAGCAAGGGGCUUUCUAUGGUGGAAUGGCAGGCUUUGUUCUUGGAGCUGUCCGUUUGAUACUGGCUUUUACCUACCGUGCUCCUGAAUGUGACCAACCUGAUAACAGGCCAGGCUUCAUCAAAGACAUCCAUUAUAUGUAUGUGGCUACAGCAUUGUUUUGGAUCACAGGACUCAUAACUGUAAUUGUGAGUCUUCUCACACCGCCUCCCACCAAGGACCAGAUUCGUACCACCACCUUUUGGUCAAAGAAGACCCUGGUAACAAAGGAGAGCUGCUGUCAGAAAGAUGAGCCAUACAAAAUGCAAGAGAAGAGCUUUCUACGGAGCAAUGACAAUAGUGAGGCUAUCAACCACGUCAUUCCCAACGGGAAGUCUGAAGACAGCAUUAAGGAACUUCAGCCUGAAGAUGUUAAUCUGUUGGUGACGUGCAGAGAAGAGGGCAAUCCAGUAGCUUCCAUGGGUCAUUCAGAGGCAGAAACACCAGUAGAUGCUUAUUCCAAUGGGCAAGCAGCUCUCAUGGGUGAGAAAGAGAGAGAGAAGGAAACAGAAAGCCGAAGCCGGUAUUGGAAGUUCAUAGACUGGUUUUGUGGCUUUAAGAGUAAAAGCCUUAGCAAGAGAAGUCUCAGAGACCUGAUGGAUGAGGAGGCCGUUUGCUCACAGAUGUUAGAAGAGUCUCCGCAAGUAAAAGUCGUGUUAAAUAUUGGACUUUUUGCUGUGUGUUCGCUUGGAAUUUUCAUGUUUGUUUAUUUCUCCUUAUGAACUUAAGAACAUGGUGAGGCACUUCAGAAAAUACUGCAGAAAUGUAACUGUUGCAUCUCUCAGGCAUUGUUUACGCUGAAGGUUUUAGCCAAAUUUUACUUAGCAGAAAAUCAUCUAUUUGCAGGACUAUUUUCCUAGAGAUGGAUGAAAUAAAUCUUCAACUUAAAUGAAACAAAACAGAAUGAAUUGUGCAAAAAAAGAAAAUGUGGUUUAGAGUUUUCCAUACCAAAGUGAGGAAAGACCAAUUCUUCUCACAGGUCACUUAGAGCAGAACUGUGUUAAAGUACCAUGAUAAAGUGUCUUGUCUGCAUUGCCAAGUCUCAUAGACCUUGUGCUGAAGUAGAUCUAUCUGCUCAUUUGUAAAGCUUUUGUCUCAAUCCCUGCUAUGAUUGAAAAAUCAAAUUCAUAGAGAUGUAUGAUUAGUUAUGUCCUGAAAGUCUAAUGUGUUGUAUAGUAAUCACUUCAGGACAACUUUGUUUGCCUGGCUGGCUUUGUUAGCAUGAGUCCAUGGAUUCUGCUUGCCAAAAGAAAGGACGAAUGUUUUCCUGGAGGUAUUUUUGUACCCCUUGUGUGUGGAAUGUUAGUGGCUUGGGCAGACUUUGUUUCAGUUCCCUCCCUCUGUUUUUCUUUCUUAAACUGAACCAUACGGAAUGACUACCAAGUCUGUAUAUAUAUUUUUAAUCAGGGGGGAAGUAAGUAUUGCUGAUGAUCCCCACAUUUAUUGAUGAGAUAAGGUGUUUUAAAAUAUAGUUUGAGAAUUAACUACCAUGCAGUGCUUGAUAAACGUAAUGCUAAGAGGAUGCUGAAUCAUCUUCUGCCUCUGUCCUAGCUGCUUCCUUGUUAUUUUGUAGUAUUCCUUGUUAAUCAGCCAGAUGCCUUCCCCAUGGUCCAGUUGUGAGAAACAUUCAGUGUUGCCACAGAAGUGGGCACAGCUUUUGUGUGCUGAGUUGUGGCCCUUGACUAGCUGUGAUACACUGAUGUUGUGUUUAGAGGAAAAAUCAAAUCCUGACUCAUACUGCAUUCUCUAUACGCUCUUUUCCUGGUUUUUGCCUUUCCUGAAGACGUGUUGUGAGUGUCAGCACACACAUGCGUAGUUACAAACUGGCCACCCGCCACAGAACUCUCCUGACCCUUGCUGUUGAUCAGCAUAAGGUUUCUGUGGAUGCCCAGCGUGGUCAUGCGCUCUUGUGGAGGACAUCACAGGAUUCUGUACAGACCUUUACCUUUAUCCAAUCACAGCAUCCAUGGGCAGCGGAUCUUUCUUAUAGGCUGUUUCUACCUAGUGAGAAUGGCCCAGAAGGAGUUAGAGAAGAACUCUUAAGGAUGUCUGUAGUCCUGUCUUCAACACUGCCUGUUCUCCAUGAGAGAUGGAGAACACUAACUAUAUACCUACUUUCUUUAAGCUAAUAACUUUUUAAAUUAUAUAACAAAUUUAUUAAGCCUUGUACUCAAGGACAAUUAUUACUUUUAUAGAUAAUUUUGUAGAUUUUGAAUCAAAGCUCAAUCCUGAUAACUUGUUGUUUUUUUUUUUUUUUUUUUUUUUUUUGUAAUGCAUCAAUUUGUUUGCAGAUGAUGGACUUGAGCCCAACACUGACUUUGGGGCUCAUUGGGUCUAUGUAGUCUUCCUGUCUUCAGGAGGGUUUCUGAUGGACUGAGCCUGCAGGUGGAAAAGGUGAUUCAUGUACGAAUAGCAUGUAUUUUGGAAGAACUUAGAGUGCCUUGUACAAUUUUUCUCUCAAUUUCUAUUUUGAGGUUUAUAACUAGGGACCAAGUAGAUAGGGCUUCCUUGUCUUGAGUGGAGGUUGAGGCUGUGACGCGUCCAAGGUCAUGGGACCUCGUGGAAAGAUGAGAAAGCAGUUCUCCAGAUCUGGAUUCAGAGUUUGCCCACAUGUAUUUGAAUGAAUGGUUUGUUCGUGGUUUGUGACAGUCUUCUCUUAAAGAAUUUUCCAUUUGAGAUAACCUUUUAGGCUAUGAAAAACAUUCAUAGGAUCUUGGGUUGCCUGAAUUUGUAUCAAGUUGUAGGAGUUAGUAUUUCCUUUGAACACAUCCCUCUGCACUUAGCAAGAAUUGACAUGUUGGCUGAGUGGCCUUCCCAAUCCUCAUAUUUACAGCGUAAGAGAAUAGGUGUUUAUGUGAAUUUCUCCCCUUUAUUUAGUGUUGAGUCCUAAUAAUUUGGAAUGUUAGAUCUUCUUACCUCUUUUUGUUGUCUUAUAGUAAGAUACAUACAAUACAUCACAUGUCUGUGUAAAUAGCAGUAGGUCAGGUUUAGAGUUCUAUAUCUAUAAAUAAGAAAUACCUUAACAUAUCCAUGAGGUGUUGUUCAUUCUUACCAGUGUGAGCAUCUCUGUACUGACUCUGAAGUCCCUACCGCUUGUCUUCCUUACUGCCUCCCACGUGGAUGCCGUGGUUGAAGAGGGUGUGAACUGGGGAAGGCAGCUUCAUUCCAGGAGACCAGGCUUUAGUCUAUAGGUUGUUGGAAUGACCUUGGAAUGAUAGAUGGUUAUUUCAGGCUAGCAAAGUAUCCAUCCUUCCCAUGGAUAUAUGAGUCCUAAAAGAUAGCGUGGAUCUGUUCAGACAUUUACACAUGCAUUUCUGUGCUUGUGCAAGCUGAGGUUCUGAAUUGACCAAGAUUCACACUAACUAAAAUGUGGCUAAAAGUAAAAACGUAGGUGGGGCUGUUGGUCCACAAACACAGGUGAGAAAUAGUUAUCCUUGGUGUGUGGGCUCAACUUCUCCAUGUUUUGUCUUCCCAGGCAGUUUGUGUCUGGGUCUAUGGGAGAGGGCUUCUGACAGUGGCCUGAAGAGGGAUUGUUGACUCUGCUGUGGGACUUCAGGUCUCUUUCAUUUCUGAAGACUGUCCUGCCGAUCUCUCCUCCAGCUGUUCUUUCUAGGAAGUGAUUGCUUUUGUUUUUAGAGGAGCAUCAAGUAAUAACUUGUGUCCUUGGCUCAGAUCCAGUGGGUCUCAUUUCCAGGGCUUCCUUUCCGCUGGCUCCAAGGAUCCAUCAUUAUCUUGCACACAGAGGGAGGCUGACCAGGGCUGUGUGUCCUUACCUCUUAAGAGAUGUCACCAUAAGAGAUUAGCAGAUACCCUUCACUUUGUGAAACUCCCAGUUAAGAAUGGAUCUCUGAGUUAAUUGGUUCUCUGAGCAUGGGGUUAAAAGCCUUGUCUGGGGCUGGUUCUGAAUCCUUAAAUUUCUUCACUGGUACUCUUUCCCUGUCGCAAGUGCAUGAUCUUCUCAUCUCUUUGAAUGUCAUUUAGUGUAAUCUAUGGAUGAGUCUCCACCAUAGAAAUCAGCCUUGUCGUUAACCCAUUGAGAGAUUAGGUCUUGCAUCUUCUCGUCUAACUGGUACUACAGUACUAAGAUUGCCUCAUCCCCUCAUAUCACACCUUCAUGGGAGGUACGAUUGGAAGGAGACCACAUAGGUGUCACCCUUCCCUAGGUGUGCACGAGACCGCUCAUUCCUGUUGAACCGUGUGUCUGCACGGCCUGUUGGUGCACAGUUUCUAAGAUGUGAUGAAAGCGCCAGCGUUUCAGUAUUUUUAAAGUCAGGAAGCAGUAGUGAGUUCUCACAGGAGCCCCUUGGAGAUGAUGGGAUCAUGUGAUGCAGAAAGGCUGGGUUUUGCCAUUGAGGUGGUAAAGCUGGAAAUUAGCUGGUACAGAGAGAAACACUUGGGCUGUUAUGUCGAGGCUGGUGCAGAAAUGACGACUCGGGACCAAAACCCUUCUCGUGAAGAUCACCUGUCACACUGUCUUGAGCACCGUAGCUGCUCCGCUCGUGAGCUGAGGUUCUGUGUAAGAGAAUUGUUAGUGCCAAGCCCCACACUUAGUCAUGUGUUUUCAUUUAAAGUUCUCACUACUGACUGAUCUUUUAACAAUGUUGUGAAAUCGAUGCCAUUUAUGCUUCUGUCUACACUCCUUUCUAACAGGCAAGGUUCAGUUUGCGUGUGAGCCACCCAUUGCCCUAGCAACCAAUGGCUGUUGCCCUGUAGCCUUUGCUGAGAAACGAAGGAAAAGACGUAGUGUGUGUCAUUACUCAUCUCAUGCACUGUACUCUUUGGAGGAGCAUGUAUCUGCAGGCUCUGUGGAUGGCCUGAUUCCUCUAAGUGUGCCCGGGAAGGCUGAGGAGUUCUGUCUGGCAUGCGGCCCUCCUGCCCUUCCUCCUCACCCCUCGCCCCCAGGUAGCGUAUGUCUAAAGACUCUGCUAGGGAUUUUCUGGACAGCACAAGUUGACAGUAUAUACCCACAGCAUAAUUAGAUGUAUUUGCCCUAUUUUCCUAGGGCUGCUGGCUUUAUAAAUUUAUAUGUAAAUAAUACACACACAAAUUUAAUGUUCAGUUUAUUAGUGUGAAAGCAGAAUGUCAUUAGUUUCUCGUAUGUGCAUGUCUGUGUGUGUAAUUGGAAACAGAUGGGGCAUACUGAAAUCUUGGAAUGGCAGUUGUUAGUGUACAAGGUUUUCCACAGUAUAAUCAAAUUUUGAGGUUUGUGUUUAGGUUGUAGGUAACUUUCUGCUUGCCAGUGUUGAUCUGCUAGUUGCUCCUGUCCCUUUCUUAGCCAUAAGCUUCCUAUGCUUUUAGCUUUUAUUGUAACUAGUGAGGAAAGCUGCUAGUAGAAAGUACACAUUUACACGCUUUUAUAUGUAGUUUUUGGUUCACAGAAUCAAGGCAGUUUUAAGUAUAUAUAUUGUAGCUUAAUAUUAUUUAUUCAUCUUAAUUUGCUUUUACAUCUAUAAUUAAAACUUUAAAGUUACAUUCUGAUUCUGAGUAUAUUUUUAGAAUGUCCAUGUAUAGUUGUUAAGGACAUCUGAGCACUCAUAUUUCCGUGUGUAAGGAGAGGCUAAAAGUCCAUAGAAAGCACAACACUGUUCACGUGUGUGUCUCCACUUGUAAAAAGCACAAACCUAAUAGCAUUCUCACUAACCCACAAGUGCAAGUCAUAAGCCCACCAAGCUGCGCCCCAGGGUUGUCAGGACGACCACAGUACUGAAAGGCUGGGCAGGGAGACUGCUGUCCAGCUGGUCCUGAGAAAUGAGUCUUGUGUUCUCCCUGCUUGUGCUGCUCUGAUGGGGAGAGUUCUCAGCUGCUUAUAUCUGGGGGUUUUAGGGAAAUGAGGUCUGUGGACACAGACCCACAGUCUGAAACUCAACUGGGACAGUGGGAUUUCUGGGGGGCAGGCAGGUGACAGCUUUGUAAGUCGUAGUCAUUGGAAUGCUAAAAUGUUGUCUAGAAGAAGUGUUACUAAAUUCACACUCAGUAGUGCAGAUACUAUAUUGAUCUUGCAUAGGUUUGCAUGAGGUGGCGUUAGCUUUGUGUUCUUUAUGUGCUUAGCUGUACUUUUUAGUAGGGAGUUGGAUCUCUGUGUUCUGAACAUCAAACUAUUUCUGGACAGACUCUAUAUGACAUUGCUUUUCCUAAUAGUACUGAGAAUUUUCUAAUGUGUUCUGUUAGCUCCCCAAGACUAGAUGAGUGGAAAGCUGUGGGUGUGCAUGCAGAAAUAAAGAUGUAUUUCCUCCCACUCAGCAUUGCCCUUUCCCCUGGUUUGCUUUACCUCCAGAUAGUCCCAUGGUUACCAAGAAUGAAAAUGAGCUGUCCAAAUUAUGGCUACAUCUUCAGAUAGAGCUCUCAGAGGAAAGAGAGCGCCCCCUCUGUUUGGGAAACCGUAUAACAAAGACUGUAGAUGACAUAGGCUAAUGUGGUACGGCUUAGGAGAGUUCCAUGAACUGGGAUGGGGGGCUUUCUCCCGUGUGCACCUACAGCGGCAUUUCACAGCAGGUAACCUGGAGGUGCAGGGAGGGGGCUGGUGGGGGUGGGGCUGAGGGAGAGGCUGUGAGGAGUGUCCUUGACUAGCAAUAUGUGACUACGUAGAGCAGUUAACUUUUGACCUCUGUAUUCUGUACUUUUAAGAGAGUUUAAUACAACUUUUUGAAAUGCUUUUUAAAAUUUCUUUGACACAAAUGAUUUUCAUUUAUAAUUUCAUGGAAAGAAAAGUAGUCAUGGUGUAAAUAUGUAUAAUUUCCUGAUUUCACUGUGAGAACUCAGACUGUUGAGUGGCAAACAGAUCACCAAGUCUUUUGCUCAUGGACUGCUCUGUGGGGUUAUUAAGAUGUAAAAGCUUUAUUAUUGUUAUUAUUAUUUUAAAUAGUGGCAUACUGCAUUAGUGUCUGAGGACGGUGUGGAGCCGUUCCUCUGCUACCCUUGCCGUUCUUGCUUCAGCCUGUGAGAGCACCUGCCAAGUUGAGACCCAGCAGGGGCUUGUCUGUCCCUGUGUGGACGCCGCUCUUUGUCUGGACCUGUUGGUAAUCACCAUAUGAACUGGUCGGCUUUUCUGCUUCGCUUUUCUUUUUUGACAAAAUGGGUAUCAAAAAUAGUUGCUGUGCAAAAGUUAGUAGUCUUCUUCCAGAAGAGCAAUUCUUUUUCUAAUAAUAUCCUAUGAAAUUGCUUCAUUCAUUCCUUUAUUUCUAAGCCAAAUGCCAGCAGAACACUGCUGCUUUUAUCUAAAGAAUUUUGAUAUGUAAGUAUUAAUGCAUUUUAAAAGAUGUCUGCUUUGAGAAAUGUUUUCCCGUGUACUGUCUGGAAGCUUUGUCCACACUCCGGGCUCAGAGACCUGUCAGUACACUGGGCCGUGUAUUAUGUGCGUGGAUCAUUUCAUCUGGUAUUGUAGACCAAAUAUGGCUAUAAUGGGAUUUGUGAACAUUAAUUUGUUAUUGGUUAGCUUUUAAUUAUUUCCAGUUUACUCUCUCUUGUCCUCAGCCUCUUUUGUUUUCAAGUUUGACUAAUAAGGUCCGUUUCAUUGUGUAAGGCUUUAGUUUCAGAGAAAUCAGAAUUUUCUUCCAUCUUGAAAAGAAAACCGUUAAACUGUAAAUUUAAAGCUGUUAGCUACUUGUGACAGUUCUAACUUGCCUAUACUGUGUACAACUGAUUUUUACAAUUGUAGACUUGUAUGAUCUUGGUUUACUGUGUUGUGUUACUGUUGUUUAAAUGGCAAAAAAAGCGCCAAUCUUCUAAAGAGCCGUCAGUCUUCGUUGCUGACUGCAAGCUCUGUUCUUUGUGUACUCGUGUUCUUUUGCCAGCUGCUGCAUUAGCCUUCAGAAGUAUUUGAAAACUUAAGAUGAAUACAUUCCUUGCAAAGUCCGUUCCUUUCUGUGGUAUUUUGUCCGGUAGCUGAAGUGUAGUAAUUAUUUUAUGGAGAUGUUAGCACUUCUGUACAAACUUUGAAUAAAAUGAAAACUUUACUCUUC